UAACAUAAAUAUGGCUUCACUUUGAAUACUAUUGUAAUUGUUAUGUGAUUUAUACCGAGUUUUCUACCGAUUUAUGCGUUUAUUGUUGUGAUCAGUGAUUAUGUCAUCAAUUGUUUGGUCAAUGUAUACGACUGUCAACACGUGUUAUCAAAUAUAAUUUUGUGUUUUAUGUCAAACAUUUGAAAUAUAUUUAUUUGGAUUCAAAUGAUGUAAUCAAAUGAUUGACAAUAUAAUUGGUGACCAAUUAGUGACAAUACAGUGAUUAAAAAAUCACAAGAGUUGUAAAUCAUUGGUGAACUUAUUGGUGGUGAUAGUAAACAGUGUAUUAGUUGAUGGCUGCGGGUCUUUACGAUAUAACGCCACAGACUCUGGGAAAGGGACACUUCGCGGUCGUAAAACUGGCCAAACAUUGUCUCACAGGCGAAUCGGUGGCCAUUAAGAUCAUAGACAAAGUAAAGCUCAAUAAGGAAGGUCUUCAGCAGUUGGGGAUUGAAAUCCGAUUGUGGUCUCGACUGUCUGAACACGAACACCAAAAUGUGGUCAAACUAUAUCAGGUUAUCGACACCCGAACCAAACUAUAUCUGGUUAUGGAAUAUUGUGGUCAAGAUGUAUGUGAUCUUUACGAUCACAUUCAACGCCGAAAUCAUGGAAAUGGAUUGAAAGAAGUUGAGGCCAAACAUAUUUUUCGACAGAUCUGUUGUGCCAUCUCUUACUGUCAUUCCCUUCAGAUCGUGCACCGGGAUCUCAAGCCAGAGAACAUACUAAUUAUCGCUCAGCCGUUAGAACAAAACAAUACACGAAUCAAAUAUCCUUUGGUUAAACUCAUAGACUUUGGUUUUUCUAAUCAAUGGGCAGAGGGAGAGAUGUUGAGGACAUCCUGCGGUUCAUUAGCUUAUUCAGCUCCAGAAAUACUCUUAGGUGACAGAUAUAAUGGUCCAAAAGUUGACAUUUGGGGUUUGGGUUGUAUUUUAUAUAUACUUUUGUAUGGAAGCAAUCCAUUCAUGCAAAUCAAUGACAGCGAAACAUUGUGCAGGAUAUUGGAUUGUAAUUUUUCAACUCCUGUUCGGCCAUAUAUAAGUGAAUCUGCUAUUGAAUUGAUUAAAUCUUUGCUCAAAAGAGAUCCCGAUAAUAGAUUGACUAUUGAAGAGAUAGUGACUCAUCCAUGGCUUAAUGAUAGUGAUGAAUUUAGUUUUGAUGACAUAAAAUAUUUAUCAAAACUGCCAAUUGUUCCAAAAAAUGUCAAAAAUUCAGUUCAUAACAGAGUAAUCGAUCAAAUGGUGACCAAAGGUGUUGGCAAUUCUAAAGAACAUAUUGAAAAAGUGUUGGAAAAUGUCUUAUUAGAAGAUCAACCAAACAAUAGUUUGAAGGAUAAAACCAAUGGUGGCUGUGAUUCAGUGAACACUCAAAGUGGUGUAAAUCAUGAACACUAUAUUAAAGCCACGUAUCAACUCUUAAAAGACAAAUCGAUGCGAGAGUUUCAUGGAUUACAUCAAAACAACAAUUCAGUGAAUCAAAACACUUCGGGACAUUUGACUAAACGAUUGCUUCCUCUAAAACCACGAAAGCAUUUAAUUCAACAAAUUUCCAAAAAUACUAAACCUUUUCAAGAGGAAGAGUCUGAAGAUGAUAACCCAAUUAGUUUUAGCGCUGGAAUAAAUCAAUUAGAUUUACCUAAUGAUGACGGAAGUGGUCUGGUUUUACCUCUUCAACGAAAAUGUUCGAUAGUUAGUGAAGAGGGCAGUUGUGCUGCUGAAGGCUCAGACUUGUCCAGCUUUGAAGGACCAAUUAAUGAUAGAAUUAGUCUUAAUGAACACAAACCAGUCCUUCCAACGAUAAAUAUAGUGGUCACUGACUGUUCACAAGCAGAUGAAUCCCAGACAGAUGAAGAUGAAGUGCUAAAUUCAGAGUUGGGACAAAUAGGUGAUAUCAAUAUGGAAUCAACUGUUAACACAAAUUUUUCUAACGAACCAUCGAUUUACAACCCGAUUGUGACGACCACUGUAUCGACAUUGCAUUCAGUGUCGAGUUCUCCUGAAUUGUUGCGAAACAAUGAUGAAGACGAUAAUGAUUUCGAUGUCUCGCAUUCGGGUCGCGGCCCUAAAGGGACGGCAAUGAUCUUAUUAAAUGAGACCAAACAUGACAAACAAACUGAUCAUUUGAUUAGUCAUUUUGGACAAAACGUUAGUACAAACAACUCAUCCAUUAAUAACUCGAGUUCUCCUUCGAUGAGAAUUAUAGUUCAGUCCAAGUCUUGUAAUAAUAUAUUAUUUAAUGAAAACGAUUCCUUCAAUUCCUCCAUUAAUGAUAAAAGUGAUAUCAAAUCUGUUAACAGUGUAUCUAUUAAAAGACAUAAAACAGAUCGAAACGAUUGUUGUAUUAUCUGUUAA